AUGCUUCUCUUAGAUUACCAAAAUGUUCUUAUCCAAUCUCUCCUGACGGAGCGAUUCUCUGGAGCGCCUCCCGUAUCUAUUGACCAAAUUGUUUCUGAUUUCGACGGUGUCACAUUCCAUAUUUCCACCCCCGAAGCUAAAUCCAAAAUCCUCAUCUCCAUCUCCCUCAAAUGUUUCCGCGAGCUAGUGCAGCACGGAGCACAGAGUGUCCUCGAACGGGAAUAUGGACCAUUCAUUGUCUCCCCAGAGCCUGGAUAUGAUUUCUCAAUUGUAGUUGAUCUGGAGAAUCUCCCCGCGGAACCAGCGGGUAGGGAAGACUUGGUUAAUCGUAUUGCGCUCAUGAGGCGGAAUGUGAUGGCCGCGCCAUUUGAAAAGGCAUUCGAUGAAUUUGCCGAACUGCAGGAGGAGGCGGCGAGAUACACUUCUGAAUCAGCGCCCCAGGGUGUGGCGGAAGGAGGUGAGGUUAUGGCAAUCCAUUAUCGGGAACAGGAAGCAAUAUACAUCAAGGCGAGCCACGACCGGGUGACCGUGAUCUUCAGCACCAUUUUCAGAGAUGAGACCGACAGGAUAUUCGGCAAAGUGUUUCUGCAAGAAUUCGUCGAUGCAAGAAGACGGGCGAUCCAAAAUGCUCCACAAGUGCUUUUCCGUCAUGAUCCCCCGCUCGAACUUCAAGGCAUUCCGGGGGUUAAGGCUUCCGGAGACGGCGAUGUCGGUUACAUUACUUUCGUUCUCUUCCCUCGCCAUCUUACACCCCAACGACGUGGAGAGAAUAUCUCCCACAUCCAGAUCUUCCGUGACUAUUUCCACUAUCAUAUCAAAGCUUCCAAGGCAUAUAUCCACUCGAGAAUGCGGAGACGAACAGCGGACUUCCUACAGGUUCUCAAUCGUGCCCGACCGGAGAAUGAGGAACGGGAGAGAAAGACUGCAAGCGGCAGGACAUUCCGUGUUCAAGGUUGA